AUGUUAGAAUACCUUAAAGAACUAUAUACAAACUUAAACUAAUGUUCAAUUGAGGAAAAAUCCUAUAUAGGAACAGAUCCUAAUUAACUUCCUAAAUAAAUUGACUUGAAAAGUUCUCUCGAUGAAGCUACUUUAGCAAGUCAAGCAGUUGAUUUAAAUAUUAAAUUAAUGAAAUGGCGUUUAUUACCUAAAUUGGAUUUAGAAAAAAUAUAAAAUUUAAAAGUUUUAAUGUUUGGAGCAGGAACUUUAGGAUGCUAACUAAGUAGAAAUUUAAUUGGAUGGGGAGUUAAAAAUAUAACUUUUUUAGAUUAUGGAAAGGUUUCUUAUUCAAAUCCUGUAAGAUAAUCACUUUAUGAUUUCGAAGAUUCAAUAAAUGGUGGAAAACCAAAAGCAUAAACUGCAGCUGAGAAAUUAAAAAAAAUAUUCCCUGGUAUACAAUCAUAAGGAUAUUAAAUAGAAAUUCCAAUGCCAGGUCAUUAUAUAUCAACAGAAGAAUAAGCUUAAAAAACACUUUAAAAUGUAGAUUAUUUAGAAUAAUUAGUUCAAAAACAUGAUGUUAUAUAUCUUAUGACAGACUCAAGAGAAUCAAGGUGGCUUCCUACAGUAUUAUCUAAUAAAUAUAAUAAAAUGUGCAUUACAAUAGCAUUAGGUUUUGAUUCUUUUGUAAUUAUUAGACACGGAUUAUCUACUAACGUACAUUAAGAUAAUAUUAAUGGGUAAAGACUUGCUUGUUAUUUUUGCAAUGAUAUUAUUUCGCCUGGAAACACUUAAAAAGAUAGAACUCUUGAUUAAUAAUGUACUGUUACUAGGCCUGGACUUUCUUUUGUAAGCUCUGCUUAUGCUAGUGAACUUCUUAUUUCUAUGAUACAUCAUCCUUUAUAAGGAGGAGCUCCUGCUACUGAAGAUUCUAAAUAAUUAUAAUAAACUGAUUUAGGAAUUAUUCCUCAACAUAUAAGAGGUAAUAUGAGUGAUUUUGAAACCAACAUUUUAUUUGGAAUAGCUUUUGAGAAUUGUGUUGCUUGUAGUAAAUAUGUUUUGGAUAAUUAUGUUAGUGACAGAGAUAGUUUUUUAUUGAAAGUUAUUAAUGAUCCUGAUUAUUUAUAAGUAGUAUCUAAAAUAGCUGAACAAAUGAAAGAAUUGAAUGAAAACGAUUGUAUAGAAUUUGAUUGAAUUG